UACAACGUGCACGCUGUGUUUACCGGAUCUAUAACCUUGCGAAUUGACAAAAAUUGUGAUACAUUAGAGCACGGGGUCCUGUAAGGACUGUGCCUUUAGAAGAACAAAUUCAAUGGCUUCACCGACUCAAGGCGAGGAUAGCGAUGACGGCAUGGACGAAUUUAUGGAGAAAUUCAAGACACAUAAGUAUAAAAACGCAUUUAACGAAAGCAACUGGGAAGAGGAAUUUGAUAAGGUGCCCAUGUUCAUGAAGACAGCUCCUGAGGACAUAGACCCGGUUAAGCACCCCGACCUUGCCUGUCUGCAGUCUAUUAUACACGAUGACGAAAGACCACCUGAGGAGCAAGCAAAGAGCCUGAAGGAUGAGGGCAACGAGUACUUUAAGGAAAAGAACUAUACGAAAGCCAUAGUGUCCUAUACAGCAGGGCUGAAAAAGAACUGCUCUGACUCAGACCUCAGUGCCAUCCUCUAUACUAACCGCGCUGCUGCCCAUUUUCAUCUAGGAAAUUUGCGAUCUGCUUUGAAUGACUCAAUUUCUGCAAGGAAAGUGAAACCAUGCCAUUUAAAAGCCAUAAUCAGAGGGGCCCAGUGUUGUAUGGAGCUGCGUAAUUAUGCUGCUGCAUUACAGUGGUGCGAUGAGGGGCUCAAGCUUCUGCCCACCGAUAAGAAACUGCUGGAGCUCCGAUCCACAGCAGACAAACGGAGGAGGGCAGCAGAGAGAGAUGCCAGGAAAUCUAAAGCUAAAGAAAAAAAGAAGCAGACCGAAAGGGGAACAUUACUAGCUGCCAUUAAGGAGCGAGGCAUUAGGCUUCUGCAACCCAAACAACCUCAGCAUCGGGGAUCCGAUAGCGAAGAGGAUGGCAGCGAUGAUGGAACUACAGCAGCCAUGGCAGAGCUGUACCUGGAUGGGCUUGACUCCCAGGAGGCCACAGGAGCACAGGUGUACCUGGACGAGCAGGGUGCCCUCCACUGGCCAGUGCUGUUCCUGUACCCCGAGCACAGGCAGACUGACUUUGUCUCUGCGUUCUGUGAAAACUCGAGCUUUAUAGAUCAUUUAGCAGUCAUGUUUGGAGAGGAAUUGCCUCCCUGGGACACAGAAAGAAAAUAUCACCCACAACAUCUUCAGGUGUUUUUUGAAGACCAUGAGACACAGCAUCUAUAUGAAGUGGAUGUGGGGACAUCACUCCUGAAGAUUCUUCAGCUCCCAUGUUGCUGUGUACAGGCAGGAACACCUAGCUUCAUUGUGUUGGUAAAAGGGUCUCCAUUUUGUGAGCAGUACUUUUCCAACAAGAAAGUGCAUGGAUUAAAGUGAAGGACUGAAGGACAUUGAAUGUACUAGCCAUUGACUAAGAUCCUGUCAUAAUGGAGUUUGCUGCAUGUAUGUCUGCUACUAAGAAGGUUGCUGCUUCUGAAGCCACUGUGCUGAAAGAAAGUGCUGGAACACCUCCUUUGCAGCACCGCUGGGUAAGAUGGCCUUUCCUAAGAUGUUUACAAGGCAUCAGACAAGGGAUUUGACAGACAGAGACCAUAACUAUUUACUGGAGUCCAUUCACUAUGGCUUGUAUGAGUAUACAAGGGCAAAGCUACGUCACUAGUGUUCAAAUAACCUCAAUAUCUUGUGAAAGGACUUUGUUCCAUGUUUUUGUAUCCUGAAAUAUCCUGAAACGUCAUCGUUUCAUGUAGAUGUACUCUGCAGUAAGUAUGUACUAGCUAGUACUCUAAAUUUCAGAAAACACAUCUUUUUGAACUGUGCUUAAUGAACAUAGCCCUUAUGAUCAUUGUCCCAGUUCCUGGAUCAACAAUUUAAAAAUAUUUAAUUGUGGAAAUUGGAUGAUCACUGACAUACAGCUUCCAUUCAGGCUUCCAUUCUCAAGCUGUUACCUUUAGGUUGGUCCGAUGGAACGGGUUGUCAAGAUAUUGUUUGAAAGAGGUUACGGUGGGUAUUGUCAUUUAAACCUGUAAUAAUUAAUUUGUAAUAACAUACUGGGCAUUGCUACAAUAGCUGUACUGUCUUAAAUAAAGGCCCAGGACGUUGGUCUUC